AUGGCGGAAGCACAAGCGAAUGGCGUUGCCAACGGCGAAGUCAAUGGCCUCGCAAACGGCGAAGCGCCCAAGAACAAGCUCCUUGAUCAGGUAGUCCGAACACCUGGACGUCAGCCGUCGCCUCAGCCAACACGCCUGAGCGUGCCAGGAGCGCUGCCUCACCGCGUCCUCCACGAGGAAGGCUCUGGCUAUGUUGCUCCCAAGUUCGAGGGCAAGACGCAGCAGAUGGAGGAGGUCAUGGACCAGGUGGAAGAGAAGGGCUUCAUUCCAGGUGACUUGGUGGAGGCGGAGACCAAGUGGUUCUACAACGAGCUUGGCAUCGACGACAUGUACUUCAGCACCGAGAGUGUUGACGCUGUUGUCAGCCACAUCCACUCGCUGUAUGCGGCCAAGGUGGCUGCGUACGCAAGAGAUGACAAGAAGCUGGAGAUCCGUCUUGACAAGGAGGCCACCGAUCAUGCCGUGUACAUUGACACCAGUGUGCCAGGCAUUACCGCGCCAGACGGUUCGCAAUUCGAGACGAGACUUGAGCAAAAGUACCUGGAUGGCGGCAGAGGCUUGAACAGCUACCGCGUGGAGUCGUUCCGAUCGCCCAGCAAGAUUCCAGGCGGUAACGAUCAGUCCCUCCGAUGCUACUUCGUCUACCAGUCGAGCUUCAAGAACAAGACCCCAUCGGCAGACGAGAAGCGAGUUGAAGAGCUUGGAGAUGAGCGCUUCCUGCUCAAGACGACCAAGAACACCAGAGACAUCUACCAGGAAGUCAUGGAUGCGGUGGUGACAAGAACAGGACCUGUCAUUGACAUGUAUGACGUCGAGGGUUCGCGCGAGAAGAGGCUCGUCGUUGGCUUCAAGCAGGGCACGGCACUUGGUCUCUUCGCGGCAUUGAGCGACCUUUAUCACUACUAUGGCUUGACGUCGUCCAGGAAGUACGUCGAGCAGUUCAGCAACGGCAUUACGAUCAUGUCCAUCUACCUCAAGCCUGGGUCACAGACAAUCUCGGCCAAGCACCCACCCAUCGAGGCCAGCAUCCACCAGGUGAUGAAGGAGAUCUCGCUCCUGUACUGCAUUCCACAAAACAAGUUCCAAGCCCACUUCAACAGCGGCCGUCUCUCGCUGCAGGAGGCCAUCUACGCUCACUGUGUCUGGGUGUUUGUGCAGCACUUCUUGAACAGGCUGGGAGGCGAAUACAACACACUCAGAACACUUCUCGACACCACCAACAGCGUUCAUGCAGAGCUGCUCACGAAGCUCAAGAAGCGUCUGCGAACCGAAACAUUUACCGCCGACUACAUCCUCGAGAUCAUCAACCAGUACCCUGACCUGAUCCGCUCUCUAUACCUGUCAUUCGCCAACGCCCACUAUGUCCAGACACGAGGCGAGCAAGAUGACUUCCUCCCAACACUUUCCUAUCUUCGAAUGAAGGUCGAGCGAGUGCUCACUGAUGAUGAGCUGAAAGAGGCCGUCUCGAAGACCGUCAUUAACGAGCACCACGAAAUGGUGAUGACUGCUUUCCGCGUCUUCAACAAUGCUGUGCUCAAGACAAACUUCUACACACCCACCAAGGUCGCACUGAGCUUCCGUUUGAACCCUUCGUUCUUGCCAGCUGAGGAAUACCCGCAGCCACUCUACGGCAUGUUUCUGGUCAUCAGCUCCGAGUUCAGAGGGUUCCAUCUUCGUUUCAGAGAUAUUGCACGUGGUGGUAUCCGCAUCGUCAAGUCUAGGAGUCGAGAGGCGUACGCCAUCAACGCCCGAUCUUUAUUCGAUGAGAACUACAACCUGGCGAAUACGCAGCAACGCAAGAACAAAGACAUCCCAGAAGGUGGUAGCAAAGGUGUUGUCCUGCUUGAUAUCCAACAUCAAGACAAGACGAUUGUUGCCUUUGAGAAGUACAUCGACUCGAUCAUGGAUCUGCUCUUGCCCCCCACAAGUCCUGGUAUCAAAGAUCCAAUUGUCGAUCUGCACGGCAAGGAAGAGAUCUUGUUCAUGGGUCCCGACGAGAACACUGCUGAUCUCGUGAACUGGGCGACUGAGCACGCACGAGUACGUGGCGCACCAUGGUGGAAGUCGUUCUUCACUGGAAAGUCGCCCAAGCUGGGUGGUAUCCCACAUGACCACUACGGUAUGACCACUCUCUCGGUCCGUGAGUACGUCAAAGGCAUCUACAGAAAGCUCGACCUCGACCAAAGCCAGGUCAGAAAGCUGCAGACUGGUGGUCCAGAUGGUGAUCUCGGCUCAAACGAGAUUCUGCUCGGCUCAGAGAAGUACUGUGCUAUUGUCGAUGGGUCUGGUGUGCUUGUCGACCCACAUGGUCUGAACAAGGAUGAGCUCGUGCGACUUGCCCGAGAGCGCAAGAUGAUUGUCAACUACGACACUACCAAGCUGUCCCCUGCAGGCUACCGUGUGCUGGUCGAAGAAAACAACGUGACACUACCGUCUGGCGAGAUUGUCAACAAUGGUACCGCAUUCCGCAACACCUUCCAUCUGAGAAGCAGCGACAACGAGAAGUACGAUGUCUUUGUACCAUGCGGUGGACGACCAGAAUCGAUCGACUUCACCAGUGCAGCCAAGCUCAUCUCGAAGGGCAAGUCUAUCAUCUCCUACAUCGUGGAAGGUGCCAACCUCUUCAUCACACAAGAAGCAAAGCUACGUCUGGAGAAGGCAGGUUGCAUUGUGUUCAAGGACGCAUCGGCGAACAAGGGUGGUGUGACCAGCUCUUCCCUUGAAGUCCUGGCGUCUCUAUCAUUCGAUGACGAGAGCUUCUUGGAGAACAUGUGUGUGCACAAGGAUGGUACUACACCACAAUUCUACCAAGACUACGUACGCCAGGUGCAGAAGAUCAUUCAAGAGAACGCACGACUAGAGUUUGAGGCUAUUUGGCGAGAGAAUGAGCAGACUGGUAUCGCACGAAGCAUCCUCAGUGACCAGCUCAGCAAUGCGAUCACGAAGAUGGACGAGGAGCUGCAAGGUACCACUCUAUGGGACAACAUCAACCUCCGACGAAGUGUGCUCAAUGACGCAUUACCGAACCUACUCCUGCAGAAGGUUGGCCUGGAGAAGAUUCUUGAGCGGGUCCCUGAAUCCUACCUCCGCGCCAUCUUCGGCAGCUUCCUCGCCAGCCGCUUCAUCUACAGCAUGGGCAUUUCAGCAUCACCUGUCAGCUUCUUUGCUUUCAUGAACGAGCGUAUGGCACACUUGACCAAUGGUGCAGAAGUAACUGCACAAUAG